AUGGGGGAUGUUGCCGAAGAUAUUGAAGCCCAUGAGGCUGGAAAUACCAGUUGGGUGAGAACCGCCAAAGAUCUGUUCGCUGGCGCUGCAGGGGGCGUCGCCCAGGUUCUACUCGGUCAACCAUUCGAUAUCGUCAAGGUCCGCCUUCAGACGACAACUACCUACCCUAGCGCCUUAUCAUGUGCAUCAUCAAUCCUCCAAAAUGAAGGACCCUUGGCAUUCUACAAAGGCACGCUCACUCCCUUGAUCGGCAUAGGGGCGUGUGUCUCCGUCCAGUUUGGCGCCUUUCACUAUGCUAGACGAGCGUUCGAGGAACAAAACCUGCGUGCCAACCAUCCAGCAGGCCUGUCCCAUGGUCAAUACUAUUUAGCAGGAGCUUUCGCUGGAUUAACGAACUCUGUUCUCUCUGGCCCCAUCGAGCAUGUGCGUAUACGUCUACAAACUCAACCACAUGGCGCCGCUCGCCUAUACAACGGUCCCCUGGACUGUAUCAGAAAGCUGUCUGCACACGAAGGUGUCCUACGGGGUCUCUACCGCGGCCAAGCGGUCACACUCUACCGGGAAGCACAAGCUUACGGCGUCUGGUUCCUGACUUUUGAAUAUUUGAUGGAACUAGAGCAGAAACGCAACAAUGUCCGCCGCGAAGAUAUCUCUUCAGCAAAGGUCGCCUUCUACGGAGGGCUUGCUGGUGAAGCGCUUUGGAUCGCUAGCUAUCCUUUUGACGUGGUCAAGAGCAAGAUGCAGAGUGACGGGUUCGGCAAGGAACAGAGGUAUAAGACCAUGAGGGAUUGCUUUGCGCAAACGUGGAAGGUUGACGGAAUGAGAGGAUUCUGGAAGGGCAUUGGGCCGACAUUGGUGAGGGCGAUGCCUGUCAGUGCGGGUACCUUUGCAGUAGUCGAGUUGACGAUGCGCGCGUUGGGAUAG